AGUCCGUUUAUCAAUUUGACACCACGCAACUUACGUGUCCUAGAUAAUAAGCGUUUGAUGUUUGUUUGAUGUAAACCGCACAAGCGAGCGAACACGGUAUUCUUCACUAGCGCUCAUAAAGUAAUUGGAAAUGUUUCGGAAAUUGACAGCCUUCCGAGUUCCGAAUGUUAGAAAACGAAUAUCUGGAGGGAAUCACUUUAGCUUCUCUAAGAAAUAAAUCAGAGUUGAAAACAUACUGAGAAUUUCAAUCGCGUUCAUGUUUUUUUAAAUUAUUUACUUCAUUUCUUGGCAAACUUAGUGUAAUGGUUAUAAACAUGUUUAUAUUUCAAAAUGGCUGGCUGUAGAAAACAAACAUGAGCAACAAUGAGAAGAAACGCAUCCCCGACGCGCCGGUGCCGGCGGCGGCCCCGGGGAACUUGCUAUCAAGUGUAGCACCUCCUUCACAGCUCCCCAACUUUGUGAUGUCCAGUCCGGCUCCUGUGCCAGUUGCUGUGGUACCACAGCUACCACCACAGUUGGCAGCUACUUUAGCCCCUGCUCCACCUGCAUCGGAGCCAAUAGCCCCUACAUCAGUGCCUAUUGCGCCUGCACCAAUUCCUGCUGUCCCAGCUAUGCAGUCUGAUUCACCUGAGAGAUUCUGCCCUGCAAUACCACCAAGUAAAGGAGAACCUAUGCUGUCAAUAAGGUCUCCAGAGGAUUCCCAAACUACUCAAUCACCAGAUUCCAUGUCAGAUUCAAUGUCUGAUGUUGAUAAACUUGGUGACAUAAUGCCCGGCAGUGGCAUAUUUACUUGGGUAAAGGGAGCUGUAUCGUCUGGCGGGAUCCUGCAGCGUGUGGCUGAGAAGGCCAAGAACUCCGUUGACUCUAUGAUCACCACGCUCGACCCGCAGAUGAAGGAGUACCUCAAUAGCGGUGGCGACGUGAACGUAGUGGUAGCUUCGGACAAGGAUGUCAAAAUAUCACCAGUUCGAGAGGCAUUCCAAAUUGUUUUCGGCAAAGCAACUGUCACAGGUUACGAGGCCCAGAGCGACGUAACAGCAGCGCAACCAGUAGGCUACGCCGCUGCUUAUGCGGCCGCCAAGCAACGCAUCGCGCACAUCCGGUCAGCAUAUACCGAAGUGCAUAACAAUAUACCCAUCGUAGCCAUCGAGGGGUUUUUGCAUGAGGCUGUCGCUGACAGAUGGUACGCGAUAGACCUGCUAGUCCUCUCCCAGCCUUCCCUCGGCAUCGAACUGCAACUACAGUCCCAAGGAUGCCCAGUACCCGCGGCCGCAGUCGCGGCGGCGCGCGCCAAUACGCCCGAACACUACGCGCAUAUACAGACGGGGUUUAGCGUCACCGUGCCCUCUGUCAUGGCUGACAGUUUGCAGGUCCCCCACACGCAGUGGCAUGAAGCUAGCACUGGUGUAAGCCGGCGUGAACUUCUACUGCUAGCGGUGCGGUCGCUAGCUGGCUCUUACAAGAAACUACUGGCGGUGUCCGCCGCUGAAAUAUGAACGGUAUGGUUUGUAGUAAUUGCUCCUGGAAUUUUGACUGAUGUACCUACCUAGAGACGAGACCAUAUUUGUAUAUUACGCUAAUAAGAUCUACCGGGAAUAUUCCUUAGAUUAAGUCAAUUUCGUGUGUAUACAAGUAACAAGAAUAUAAAUAUCAUAACAAUCUCCUCUUGGGUCUGAAAAUCAAAUUGGUUACUUUAAUUUGAAUUACAUGACAGUGUAAUAUACCUAUGGGUACUUUAAAAAAAAUGCUUUUGUAAGGUAAAACUGUAAAUUAGAUAUUUACCUCCACAAAAAAUAACGCUACUUCUGAAUUGCAAGAAAUAUGUUGUUUAAGUAUUACUGUGAAACCACCCAACGAUAGUCCAAGAUCUCCGAACUAUGGUUUAAAACUUCUAAAUAUUAUUUUAAUGUCGCAGUUCUGAGACAAAAUAUUUUCAUAAAUGAAUAAAAAAGUUUAGGCAACACCAAUAAGAAGAUGGUGUAUUGAACUUUAAGACGUUAACGUUUUUAGUGUGGUUUUCCGGUAAGUAUAAUUACGGCAUCUCAUAAUUAGCUUCUUAGCCCUUUUUGCCACGGCUCGCAAAGGAAGCUUAGGAUACGCUCCACAAGAAUUGGUGUAAGCUCUAGUUUUUACAAAUGCAACUGUCGUCUGACCUUCCAAAGUAGAAAAAAAAACCAUUUUGAGAUCGACUUGGCCUCAUUUUUAGCCUCAUAAAUUAAACCCGUCUGGUUUUAAGUUUUAACAUACGAGUCUAUUAAAUUAUCAAUAAUAUAAUUAUUAUAAUUAAUAUGAAACGGUUUAAAGGACAACUGUUACGUGUAAAUGUUGUUCACUAUAUAUGAGGUUUUGAAAACUUACUAUUAUAUAAUAUAGAUAAACAUAUACAUACUUAAAUUAUAUUGAUAAGUUACGCA